UCUGAGGAUACCUGCCAUAGAUGUGGGCGAAACGUCAGGAGAGAAUACUUCUAGAAUAUGGCCAUACAGCCCGGAAAACAUACAACAACCCCAUUGAAUAUUUGCCUUAUAUAUGUACUAUAAUCCACUCUGAGUCCCUCCGGGGAGAUAAAAUGGAAUAUAAAUAAAGUGUAUUAUUAUGUGAUGCACAACAAGAUUAGUACACACCAAACAAGAUCACUCUGCUGGCUGUUGUAUUGGAUCACACGUUAGUCCCUUCCCAAGUGUCUAGGACUAUGUGGUGUAUUGGUGAAGAAUGCUUGUAUAUCUGAGUAGGGUGGCCUUUUGCAGCCAACAGAUUGUAAUUUUGUCAGUGCCGAUUGUGUUUAAGUGCAGGCUAAGCUUUGCACUUAAACUGGCCUGGCACCGAGUGUACCGAUCACCACUGGGACCACUUUUCCUGGCUUGUGCCAGAGUCUUUGCAGUUCGAUCUUCAAAUCCUCGUAUCACGUCAGCUUUUCCAGUUGCUUCUAGUUGAUUCUGCUGUCGCCUGGGAUUGCAACAUCGACAAUGCAUACUUCGUUUCCUAACACCAUGGUGAAGUCAGGAGACUUGAGCUCCAAAAACUCUGUCAGUCUGAAUUCGGAGGUCCCAGAGUAGUUUGAUGUGUUCAUUUUCUGCGACUUCUUCAGCCUUGUGACCUCACUAGUUCUUUGUCAUAGGCAGAUGGUAUUUGUGGCAUUAUUAUUAUGGUUAUUUAUUCAUUUUUCUCCCGCUUUUCUCCCAUGGGUGGGAUUCAAAGCGGCAUACAGUGGUUAAAAAACAGAAAUUACAUAAAAUACACAUUCAACAAAACAUCAUAACAACUAAAGCAAAUAACCCAUUACCAAACAGUUCAUAAAUUACAACAUAUACCAUUGAAAAUUCCCUAAAGGUGUGUAGCACUCCUCAUUUUACUGAAGACGUAGCCCACUGUUUAACAUCUGUUGGGCAAUUUGGAUAGAACUGCAAAGCACCCCUACUUUGGCUGUUGUCCAAAAGCAACUUCAUUUGCAAGUGUGCACAAUCAGAUGUCCCUUCCACAGGUUUUAUCCACUCAAGAUGCUGCAACUGCUCAAAAGCCUAGAAUGACAUUGGCUUUUGAACUUCUCCAUCCCAAUGCUGAUGGGUGCACCUUUGGAGUCCCACUUUCUUUCGGGGGAAGGAUAUAUAAGUCAAUAAUAACACCCCUCCUCCUUGACUUGAGAAAUAAAGUGUCAAUCAUUCAUUCUUCCAGCUCUUGGAUGCUAUGAAAAAUAUUUUUUGUUGUUUAUUUGUUCAUUCGCUUCCAACUCUUGGUGAUCUCCUGGACCAUCCCAGGCCAGAGCUUCCUGUUGGCUGUGUCCACCCACAGCUCCUUCAAGGUCAAGCCAGUCCCUUCAAGGAUACCGUCCAUCCAUCUCGCCCUUGGUCGGCCUCUCUCCCCUUUUCCUUCCAUUUUCCCCAGCAUUGCUAUUUUUUCCAAGCUUUCCUGUCUCUCAUGAUGUGGCCAAAAUACUUCAGCUUUGCCUCUAAUAUCCUUCCCUCCAGUGAGCAGCCACUGGGCAUCAUUUCCUGGAGGAUCUUCUUGCCAAGGUCCAAGGCACUCUCAGGAUGUUCCUCCAGGACCAGAGUCCAAAAGCAUCUCUCUUCCUUCGCUCAGCCUUCCUUAUGGUCCAGCCCUCUCUCGCAUCCAUAGGUUACUAUGGGGAAUACCAUUGCUUUCACUAUGUGGACCUUCGUUGCCAGUGUGAUAUUUAUUAUUUUAUCAAGGUUGGCCAUUGCUCUCCUCCCAAGAAGUAGAUGUCUUCUGAUUUCCUGGCUGCAGGAAUCUUCGUGCCUAGAAAUAUAAAGUGUGUCACUGCCUCCAUGUUUUCUCCCUCUAUUUGCCAGUUGUCAAUAGGUGUCGUUGCCAUGAUCUUGGUUUUCUUGAUGUUUAACUGCAGCCCAGCUUUUGCCCUUUCUUCUUUCUUUCCCCUUGGUGAUAAGGCUCCUCGGCUCCUCGCUUUCAGCUUUCAUCAGAGUGGUAUCAUCUGCAUACCUAAGGUUGUGAAUGUUUCUUCCAGCAAUUUUAACUCCGGCCUUGGAUUCGUCAAGCCCCGCACAUACGUCGCAUGAUGUGUUCUGCGUACAAGUUGAAUAGGGAGGGUGAGAGGACGCAGCCCUGAUGUCCGCACUCCUUUCCCAAUCUUGAACCCGUCUCCUGUUCCGUGGUCUGUUCUGACUGUGGCCACUUGGUCUUGAUACAGAUUCCUCAGGAGACAGACAAGGGGACUUGGUCUCCCCAGACCACCAAGAACAGGCCACAGUUUAUUAUGAUCCACACAGUCGAAGGCUUGAGAAUAGUCAAUAAAGCAGAAGUAGAUGUUUUUCUGAAACUCCCUGCCUUCCUCCAUUAUCCAGCAUCCGGAUAUUGGCCAUUGGGUCUCUGGUUCCUCUGCCUUUUCUGAACCCAGCUUGGACAUCUGGCAGCUCUCGCUCCAUGUCUGGAUGGAGUCUGCCUUGUAGGAUCUUGAGCAUUACCUUCCUGGCAUGGGAAAUAAGGGCCACUCUACGGAAGUUUGAACAUUCUUUAGUGGUAUAGGGAUAUAAAUUGAUUUUUUCCAAUCUGAUGGCCAUUCUUGAGUUUUCCAUAUUUGCUGGCAUAUGGCAUGCAUCACCUUGACAGCAUCACCUUUCAUGCUAUACAUUUGAUGUCAGCAACACAGGAUCUCAAAGAAUCAAAAGGACUUUUGGUCAAGCUUUUCAAUACCUGUGAAAUUAUUUUGCAAAGAUUGAAUGUGUUUAUAUUAUUAUUUUUGUUGCUAAAUUCAAUUGAAGUUUAAAUAGUGGAGACUAUUACAGUCUGGAAGAUACCACUGUGGAUUAUAACAGUUGACUGUAUAUAUCAUUUUCAUUAUUGUUGUUAACUCUCAGAUAAUAUUGUAUGUAUAUGGUGCUCUGAAUUACAUAGUGCAACUCAUGUUUUGAAACUUUAUAGCAUUCGCUUAUCCUUUUUACAUAGAAGGAAUAUAGCUCUAUACUCAGAGGCCUGACUAUUUCUGUGGCCUUUGCAGGAUGCUCUAAUAUACAUAUCUCUUUUUAUGUUUUGAAUCUUUUCAUGUUUUGAACCUUUAUAGUGGUUGUUUAUCUCUUCGAUAUGGCAUGCAUCACCUUGACAGCAUCACCUUUCAAGAUUUUAAACAGUUCAACUGGGAUUUCAUCAUCUCCUGCUGCCUUGUUAUUAGCAAUGCUUCUUAAGGCCCAUUCAACCUCACUCCUCUGGAUGCCUGAUUCUAAUUCACUCACCACACCAUCAAAGCUAUCCUCUACAUUAUUAUCCUUCCUAUAGAGAUAUUCUGUAUAUUCUUGCCACCUUUUCUUGAUCUCUUCAGCUUCUGUUAGGUCAUUGCAAUCUUUGUUCUUGAUCAUGCCCAUAUUUGCCUGAAAUUUACCUCCAAUGUUUCUGAUUUUCUGGAAGAGGUCUCUUGUCCUUCCUAUUCUAUUGUCUUCUCCCACUUCCAUGCAUUGUGUUUUCCAUAUUUGCUGGCAUGUGGCGUGCAUCACUUUGACAGCAUCAUCUUCCAAGAUUUUAAACAGCUCAGCUGGGAUCCCGUCAUUUCCUGCUGCCUUGUUGUUAGCAAUGCUUCUUAAGGCCCAUUCAACCUCACUCCUCUGGAUGCCUGAUUCUAAUUCACUCACCACACCAUCAAAGCUGUCCUCUACAUUAUUAUCCUUCCUAUAGAGAUAUUCUGUAUAUUCUUGCCACCUUUUCUUGAUCUCUUCAGCUUCUGUUAGGUCCUUGCAAUCUUUGUUUUUGAUCAUGCCCAUUUUUGCCUGAAAUUUACCUCCAAUGUUUCUGAUUGUCUGGAAGAGGUCUCUUGUCCUUCCUAUUCUAUUGUCUUCUCCCACUUCCAUGCAUUGUGUUUUCCAUAUUUGCUGGCAUGUGGCCUGCAUCACUUUGACAGCAUCAUCUUCCAAGAUUUUAAACAGCUCAGCUGGGAUCCCGUCAUUUCCUGCUGCCUUGUUGUUAGCAAUGCUUCUUAAGGCCCAUUCAACCUCACUCCUCUGGAUGUCUGGUUCUAAUUCACUCACCACACUGUCAAAGCUAUAUUAUUAUCUUUCCUAUAGAGAUCUUCUGUAUAUUCUCGCCUCCUUUUCUCGAUCUCUUCGGCUUCUGUUCGGUCCUUGCCAUUUUUGCCUGGAACUUGCCCAAUAGAAGGAAGCCCUGGCUGGCCAUCGCCUCCUGGUGGGCAAUCGCCAGCCUUGCAAAGCUCCUUCCAAAAAGUCCUUCCUGCGCAUGCGCCACAGCCCCCCCCCCCUCACCUGUCCUCACCUUCCACGCCCCCUUCCCCCUUCCUUUUUACCCCUAAAGAGGUGGGAGGAGGGGGAGGGCAGGGGAGGUGGGUUUCCCUGUCUUUUAGCACAGGCACUAAAGCGUUCCCUGCACUCUGCACAUGCCCAGAGGCGCCCUGUGUGUGUCCGGUGACGCGCCUGCAGGGAGGGAGGGGGGAGGAAGGCCCGCCCCUUCCGAAGGGAGAGAGAGGCGCUGUCGGGCGGCGCCGCGGCUUCCGAUUCUACAAGUAGGAGUAGCUGCUACCCGGUGGCCUCGCUUCUCGGCUCGCUCGCGGACUGGCUUCCCGAACCAUGGACCCCCCGGUGAAGGCCGGGACCCUCCUGGUCCAGCAAACGCCCGGGCUCCGCCUCGGCGCCAAGCGCUGGAGGAAGAGCUGGUGCGCCCUCUUCCCGGCCAGUGCGCACGGCGUGGCCCGCCUGGAGCUCUUCGACUGCAAGGAGGGCUCGCUGGGGAUGGGGACCGACCCCCGGACGGCCACCAAGCGGCCCGAGAAGAAGACCCUGCGGCUGGCCGAGUGUGUGAGCGUGGCCCCGGCCCCCGACUGCGCCCCCAAGGAGGGCCUGGCCGCCUUCCGCCUGGAGACCAGCCAGCGCGUCUAUCUCUUAGCUGCUGAGGCCCAGGAGGCCGCCGGGUGGGUGGCCCGCCUCUGUGAGAUUGCCUUCCCGCAGAACCCAGGCCAAGGGUCCCAGCUGUCAGCCAACCGGGCCGGAGAGCCGCCCUGGGAGAUGGCUACAAACUCCAUAUAUUACUCCCAAGACCAAGUGAGCGAGUUCUGGGUGACGGUGCAGAAGACGGAGGCGGCCGAACGCUGUGGGCUGCAAGGACGCUACCUGCUGAAGGCCCCCCCGGACGGGCUCCUCCUGGUUGACCCCUGCUCCGGCCGGACCCUCUACUCCUGGCCCUACCGCCUCCUCCGCAGAUACGGACGGGACAAGGUGAUGUUCUCCUUCGAGGCGGGCCGGCGCUGUGAGUCGGGGCCCGGCAACUUCACCUUCGAGACGGCUCAGGGCAACGAGAUCUUCCGGCUGGUGGAAGCCGCCAUCCAGUCGCAGAAGGCCCAGGCGGAGGAGAACCGGCGCAGCGCGGCCUCCAUGGACUCGGCCUCGGUUGAGGGUCCCUCGGCACUGGGCCACCUCCACUCCGCACUGGCCUCCUCUCUGAGCCUGGACGGGGAGGGCCAGCGGAGGGAGGGGGGGCUCCCACGGAGUGCCUUGGUGGCCACUGCCUCUGUGACCAGUUCUGCCUCUGUUGCCACAGAGAAGGGCGGCGAGGGGCCCAGGGCCGCCCCUAAGGGACAUGCCUUGCGGGAUUCUGCGGCCCGUUGCCCGCUCCCCAGGCUGCCGCCCUCCCAGGAAGAGUCCUCCGCCGCCAGCGUCUACUCGGAGCCCCUGGACACAGUGAGGGGCUCCCUCCCCGGGCCGGACCCCCUGUACGCUGACCCCGUGGACAGCCGGGCCCAGGACGCCGGCCGGCCCCCGAGCCCCGAGGGGCGCUUCUACGAGCAGGUGGGCCGCAAGGGCCACAUCUACGACGAACCUGAGGGGCGGGGGCCCCAGCCGCUCCCCGCCCCCAGCACGGCCACGGCCAUCUACGACGAGGCCCGGCUGCCCUGCGAGGCCUGGAGGACCCAGGGCCUGGAGAGCCCCGCCGGAUACGAGUUGCCCUACCUGCCCGGCGACGGGGACUACGCCGUGCCCGCCUUCCAGCAGAAGGGCCGGCUCGCCAAGGCCCCCAAGCCCUGCCCCGUGGCCAAGCCCCCCCGCGGCCACAGGAGCCCCAGCAAACAGAAGGAAGGGAACCACAAUAACAACAGCAACAACAGUGGCGGAGGCGAACCGGUCUAUAGCCAGGUGAGGAAGCCUCUCCGCGGGGCCCGGCUCCCUGGGCAGGAGGAGCAGUCGGUGGAUAAGAGCCGCCCGGCCUCUGCCGUAUACGAGGACCUGGGGGAGAUAUGAGCCCCAUUAUCCAUCCCCCCCCCUUUUGUAUCCCCCUGCCUUGUGUUUCCUGUGCAUUCACAGAAGGCUCACGAAGCUAUUUUUCUAGAGAGUUUUAUUUUGCUAUUAAAGGUUUUUGCCAUUUCAUUGAUAA